AUAACUCAAUUCAAAUAUUGAAGAAGCGCGAAACGUAAGCUUCUGCUACAUUUUCUAUUUUCAGUUUAUGUUUACAUAUUUUUGAAUGAGAAAAUGACAACAGAUGUGUUGUUAAGUAACAUUAGCAGUGAUACAAAUAUUCUCAAUGCAUUUAGUUUUGAGGAAUAUAUAUCUCCUUCUGUAUGGGCAUCAUUUAUUAAAGUUGUUAAUGCCUCACUACUUCCUGAGCAAACCUAUGGCGAAGAUAGACCUUCAGAGGAUAAUGAUUUUGUGUGUUUUCGUGAAAAAGUAUUACAUGGACUUGAAGCUUUGUCAAAUUUUAUGAAUAAAUAUGCAACUUCCACUGUACCUCAAAGUUUUUCCCGUGAUGCCAUGGUUGGGCUACUGAUACUCUAUGCAGAACAUUCUUCUCCUGAGAUAUGGACAUCAAAUGACAGUCGAAACAUACUUGCGUCUUGUUCAAGGGUGCUUUGCUCGAUCUUUGGCUGUACAUCACCUUCAGAACUCCUUCUCGGACAGUGUCAAAACACAAACGGACCUUGCUUUAAACAGGCUCUUUUACUCCUCCGACCAAAACUGUUGAGAAACUCAUGGCGUAAACACCCAGGAGCAGUUGCAUCGUAUAAGUGGCUAUUAUUUCAAGUUUAUGCACCCAAUCUUUCUGAGUAUUUAGAUGUUGUGUCUCCAACAGCACUUAUAAUCCUAGAUGAUCAUGACAUUGAAAGAAGGCUGAUUGGGUUGGACUGUGUUUCGCACAUAAUAGGUAAUGUGACGCGUACUGAAAUGUGCCAACGGGGACUACACACAGUAUUUUAUGAGGCCCUUGCACCCUUGCUGUUGCAACAUCAUGUCCAACAGAUCGAGCCGACUGUCUCCUGUCUCAUUAAAUUACUCAGUGUUACGGAACGAGGAUACACUAGAAGUACUGAACCAGGAAUGUGGGACCAGUUUGAUAAAACAAUAAGCACACUAAUUGACCGAAUGGUAAUUGAAGAUCAAAUACCGCUGCGGCUGGCUUACAUCAAGUCCUUGGGACCUUUAAUGACAGCAAUGGGUCCCUCUGUUAUAAGGUGGAGCAAACCUCUGUUAUCUGUUUUUGAUGGAUAUCUGUCUAAAGAAUCCUUUGAUACUAGGGAAUAUGCUUUACAGGCUUUGCAAUCCUUCUUGAAUCUCACAGCUCUUAGAAUUAACAAAAAUGGAGAUGCAAUACUAUUCUUACUACUGCGAGCACUGCAAGACAUAUCUACUGAAAUUAAUGAAAAAUCAGUGCAGCCUAUAAUACCAGAAUUAAUCAAGGAGAAUAUUAUCCUUAUCAAGAAAUUAGCUCCGGCUGAAUUCAAGAGUGUACAGGAAGAACUAAGCCAGCUCUCUGCAAAUUCAUACAUGAAAAAUUUUCUUUUGGGAAUCAGUGCAGCAUAACGUUUGAAAGAACAGCUAAUACUGAUGUUCAUCAUGAAAAAUGUUUGAAAAAUAAAACAAGUAAAUUAUAAUAAGCAGAUA